CUCGCCCUGCCCCCGCCCCGGCCCGCGUCUCCGGGCCGCCUCCGCUCUGCCCAGGGGACUCCGGACCUCGGAGCGGUGGGACGCGAAGGAGCUGCGCCGGACGGCGUGAUGGAGUCGAGUGGCCGCAGAGCGGCGGCCCCGGGCCGCGGGCCGCGGGUGCUGGUGGUGGGCGGCGGCAUCGCGGGGCUGGGCGCGGCGCACAAGCUCUGCGGCCACCCGGCCUUCCCGCAGCCGCAUGUCCUGGAGGCCACGGCCCGCGCUGGCGGCCGCAUCCGCUCAGAGCACAACUUCGGUGGCGUGGUGGAGCUGGGUGCUCACUGGAUCCAUGGACCCUCCCAAGGCAAUCCCGUUUUCCAGCUGGCUGCCAAGUAUGGGCUGCUGAGAGAGCAGGACCUGUCAGAGGAGAACCAGCUGAUGGACACUGGGGGCCACGUGGGCCUGCCCUCCGUGUCCUAUGCCAGCUCCGGGGAAAGCGUGAGCCUGGAGCUGGUGGCAGAGAUGGGCAAUCUGUUCUAUAGCCUCCUAGACCAGACUCGGGAUUUCCUGCAUGCGGCCCAGGCCCCAGUGCCCAGUGUGGGGGAGUACCUCAAGAGGGAGAUCAGCCGGCGUGUGGCUGGGUGGACGGAGGACGAGGAGUCCAAGAAGCUCAAGCUGGCCAUCCUGAACAGCUUCUUCAACGUGGAGUGCUGUGUGAGUGGCACGCACAGCAUGGACACGGUGGCCCUCCUGCCCUUUGGAGAGUACACAGUGCUGCCAGGGCUGGACUGCACCUUUCCUGGGGGCUACCAAGGGCUCACAGACCACAUCAUGGCCUCCUUGCCCAAGGACACAGUGGCUUUUAACAAGCCCGUGAAGACCAUUCACUGGAACGGGUCCUUCCCGGAAGCUGAAUCUGGGGACACGUUCCCAGUGUUGGUGGAGUGUGAGGAUGGAGGCUGCUUCCCGGCACAUCACGUCAUCGUCACAGUGCCCUUAGGUUUUCUUAAAGAACAUCUGGACACUUUCUUCGAGCCACCACUGCCUGAUGAGAAGGCACAAGCGAUCAGGAAAAUUGGCUUUGGGACCAACAAUAAAAUCUUCCUGGAGUUUGAGGAGCCCUUCUGGGAACCGGACUGCCAGCACAUCCAGGUGGUGUGGGAGGACACGUCACCCCUGGAGGACGUCACCCCUGAGCUGCAGGACGCCUGGUUCAAGAAGCUUAUUGGCUUUUUGGUCCUGCCUUCCUCUGGGUCUGUCCACAUCCUCUGUGGUUUCAUCGCUGGGCUGGAGUCUGAGUUCAUGGAGACUCUGUCGGACGAGGAAGUGCUUCGGUGUCUGACUCAAGUGCUUCGCAGGGCGACAGGAAACCCGCAGCUCCCUGCACCCAAGAGCGUGCUGAGGUCCUGCUGGCACAGCGCCCCGUACACCAGGGGCUCCUACAGCUACGUGGCCGUGGGCAGCGCUGGGGAUGACAUUGACCUGCUGGCUCGGCCCCUCCCUGUGGACGGCAAGGAGGCCCAGGGGUGGAAUGUGUCACAUCAGGUGUGGGACGGAGCGAAGAACACAGCCGCACGUGCGCCACCAGCCCUGUGGCCACACCAGCCCUGGCACCCCACCGAUCCCAGCCCUCUUUUGCAGCUCCAGGUACUGUUUGCGGGGGAAGCCACGCACCGGACGUACUACUCUACCACACAUGGAGCUCUGCUGUCCGGCUGGAGGGAGGCCGACAGGCUCCUGGCUCUGCAGGGCCCCCAGGUGCAUCUGCCCGGGCCCAGGCUCUGAGCCCGACUCUGUACCUCUGGUGCUGGGGAGGCUGCGCCGUCCUUCCGUCUGACAGGUGGUGCUAAUGACAGCCCUCCUUCCCUGGUGGCUGGGCAGCUCUCCUGCCUCACGCCUGUUGCUGAGUCCAGCCAGGGCUGGGCAUGAGCCGAGUGUGGACUCUUCCUGGAGACAUGUGCCACACUGAUGGCACACAUGAAGUGUAUGUAGUAAAGCUUCUGUGGCCAGAGUCCUCACGCCUGA